AUGGCUUACGGGCCGUCGUAUCGUCCGUCGGCGCAUUUCUACAAGUUGAGCGCGGAGGAUGUAGCGAUGGCGUUUUCCGGCAUGUUGAUCUUAUGUUUUAUUACUUCAGUUGGGUCUUCGGUGAACUUUGUGGUAGGGACAUCGUCGCUGUUUGCGCUAUCGUUGAUGGUGUAUGUGGGGAUAACGGCGACGUCCAACGGGUUGGUCCAGGACAGUUUGCUUGCGUUGUUGUGUUUGGCAUUGCAAACGGUGGACGAGCGGCGAAUCGAGGGCAUGGAUCGUGCGGCGUUUCGUCCUCGGACGUUGACGGCAACAUAUAUGUUUGCUUUGACGGGUUUACGACGUCGCGGGUUAACGGUGAUAUGGGCUCUGGGGUUUCUGCUACGGAUGAGUAUCAUGAUAAGUGUGCUGGACUGGGGAGAGAUGUUACGGUACACUUUGCAUUCAGUGCAGUACCUGUGUUAUGGAUUGUUGCUGUAUUCGCAGAUCUACUACGUGGGAACGGAGAUCCAUCGAUUGCGGCAGCGGCCGCGUAUGAUUCUGCAGGACAUGCCGUACAUCAUUCCGCUGGAACUGGAGGUGUUUAAGGAGUUCGCAAUGCGGGGCGCAGAGCCGCCGAUCCAGUUGACGCCUUACGAGCACGUUUCGCUGUUGUUGCAGGCGCCCCGGUCGCCGGAGAACCGGCAGGGGUUCUUCUCGCGUGUGGUGAAUAGAAACCACCGCAUGGAGGCGCAGAAGCGGGCAGAGAUGCAGCGAGAACUGACCGUAUCGCUGCUAAAGGGCGCACCCGUGCAAGUCGACCCGUCCAGCCAACCGUCGCGAGAGCACGGCUCGGGCGAUUAUGUCGAGAGACUACGACAGAGUCUCUCCGAGCACCUGCAGCAGUCGACGUCUUCGGAACCCCAGAGCAUCGAAGGUCGCGACACCCUGGAGGCGCGCAUGGCGAAUUUGAGAAUGCGCGAGAGGGUGUGGUCCAUGGGACUGCGCGACACGCCCGCGGAUUUCCUCGUCCACCGGCGCUUGACGGACCAAGUCAUGGAUGACAACAUCCGGUGGCCGUGGCACUCGCUGGAGGCGGUAAUUCGAGAGGCCUCUACGCCUGUGACCACGAUUUAUUUGCGACAGACCUUUACGGGCCGGUUUGUCGACCUUAAGGUCGAACGCUGGUUCCUGGCCUGGAAGAUGACGGCAGACGUGCGGUUGCUGAUUGCCGGACAGCGCAUCCUGCUCUGUCAACUCGCGCUGGGACUUUUGACCUGCGUGGGCGCCUUCAGCGACUUCCUGUCAGAUGUGAGCGUGCGCGGCUUUCAAAACAAUACCGUGAAGAUCCUCUACAGCGUCCGAGUCGUGAGCUAUUUGCUGGGCUGCACCGUCUUCCUCGCGUCCACAAGGUUUACGCCACGCAGGCGCCAGCUGGACUGGGUGGACCUGGCCGAAAAGCUCAUCAUUCGCUACAGACUCUUCGCGCUCUUCCUCAUGCUCUCCGGCGUACUUGAUUGGACAAUUAUGGCUGAACAGUUCAAGAACCAACAGGAUCACAACACCUUCCUGCUCACCCGAUCCUCCCCAUACCUCCAAACACUAGUCGUCAUACCCCAGCUGCUCUGCGUCCCACCACAUAUACUCGCUGGCCUCUAUUUGCUCUUCCUCGUCGUCCUGGUGAGCCUGUGCAUCGUUUGGCCCUGCCCCCCCUGGACGUCACUGUAUGACGUGGCCGUCAUGAUCAGCGGCUCCGCAGCAAGCAUCUUCCUCGUCAGUGUACCCAAAUACAAGGUCUUCCGAUGCCUCUUCGCCACCUACGGCGUCCCCUAUUUACUAUACCUACAGGCACUCCGACCACUCGACGGCAAAGACAACGAGUCCAAAGCCGGUCCAGGCCGCCGAAGCACACUCUUCCACUACCGCUCAAGUGAAGACGAAUGGAAGGUCAAAGUGAAUGACUAA